GUGCUGCUGCCUCUUGCCACAGAGAGAGCAGUUCACUUAAAUGCAGCUGCAGUACUUCUUCUGUGUGUUACCUGUCAGAAUCAUUCCCAGGGAAAGUCUGGGUUUGUGACCAUGAUGUCAAGAUUGGUUUUUCUCCUUUUCUGUGGAUAUAUUGCACUAAAUCUGGGAAAUGCUCAGAAAUUGCGAAGAGUGAAAAGACAUGGUCUAAAAGUUCAGAUCAAUGCCACAGAUGACACCAUUUGCAUGAGGUAUCUUCGAGCAAGUCAAAACACCAGACUAGAAGGUUUUGUCCUGGGUUAUGGAAGCAGUUUCUUUUCUAAUCAGUACAUUCCUUUACCUUCAGAAGGAAAAAACUACGUAACAGAACUUGAUGCUGAGCCACGGUAUUUGGUUUCAGUAAGACCAGCACGUGUUUCAAGUAACAAGAAAUCUUGUUCAGGUCGGACCAAGAAUCAAAAGCCUCUGCAGCUGAUAGUUGGCACUCUCACCCCAACCUCCGUAUUUCUCUCCUGGGGCAUCCUAGUCAACCCUCAGCAUGACUGGACAGCAACUACUAACUGUGCUAGUGACAGGUUCUAUACAGUUCGCUACAGAGAAAAGGGUAAAGACAAGAAAUGGGUUUUUCAGCUUUGCCCAGUUACAGAGACAGUGGUGGACAAUCUGAAACCAAACACACUUUAUGAAUUUGGAGUUAAAGACAAUCUAGAAGAGAGUAUUUGGAGCAAGACUUUCAAUCAUAAGACAGCUCUGUCUAGCAAAAAGGUAAACGGACAGCUCCAGAAUGUGUACAAGUUGGUACCUAAUUCCCAGACACAGCUUAAACUGCGUGAUAAUAAGAGGUUGGUCCCUGUCACAAUAAUCAAACAAGUUAUUCAAAAUCAGACGCAGUCAAAGACUUCAGAUAGCUCUUCUCUCCCAGGAGCAAUAUUAGUGCAUCUUAUUGUUCCGGGUCUCAAUGAAACUCAGCAAAAACUUCCCCCUCUCCUGCCAAUAGAUGACAUACCUCAAGCAUCCACAAAAAAAAUGGCUAAGAAUGAAACUCGAGUAUGGCCUGCUGAAUCCAAAACACCAACAGCUCAAGAAAUCUCUCCAGAGUCCCUCCCAGCUCAGACUGAGAAAAAACACGGACCUGAGGAAUUUAAAUCAACGCCUAAACCGAAAUUGGUGCAAACUCAAAACAUACUGGCUUCUAAUGAAAUACAGCCUCUUCCUUCUGGGUCCAGAAUCUCUGAUGCUCCAAAAAGUCCACUGACAGAGCUCGCCUUUGAGGAAACACAACCUGUUUCUUCAGGAUCCAGAACAUCUUGUACGACAGAAGUGCAACCAACCAGAUCUGCUUCACGUGACUUUCUUCAUGUUAAUUCUACUCCCCAAACUUUUACAGCUUCAGAAAUACAAGGCACUGUGAUCUCACUCAUUGUUUCAAGAUUGUUUUCAUAUUUGAUUUUAGCUACCCAGGGACCAGGCCUGAAAUUCACAUCUCAUCCCUCUGUGGAAGCCAGAGGGAACACAAUGGCUUUUGAUGAAAAGCAGCCCAUUUCUUCAAGAUCUGAAACAUCUGGCAUCCAAGAAAUGCCACCAGUUGUACCUGCUCUUCCAAGACCAGUACUGGAGCCCUCAUCUUUUUCUUCACUGGAAACCAGGGAGACAGUAAAGGUUACCCAGAGACCAGAGCUGAAAUCUACCUCUCCUUACCUUGAAAGUCAAAGAACAUUGGAGGCAACCCAAAGACCGGAGCUGAAAUCCACCUCGUCUGCUUCACUGAAAACCACACGGACUGUGAAGGCUACUCGAAGACCAAGGCUGAAGUCUACCACUCCUUCCUCCCUGACAAUGCAACAAACUGUGAUGGUUACAAGUUCAGCUGACCUGGAAAAAUGCGUGUCUCCACUUUCCAGAACACCUCAUGUGUUAACAACAAGUAUGGCAACAAGUGAAUCCAUUCUGGAAUCUUUCACACCUAAAACUUCUCAACCUUUACAAUGGCCAAGGGUAACAUUAGCUCCAAAAGAAAUACCACUUAUUCCUUCUAAACUGAAACCAUAUGCUACCCCAGAAGUGCAGCAUGUGAAACUUGCCCCUAAACCAUCACUUUUGGAGCCUAAAGCUUCUCAGACUGUUGAAAAUCCAAAAACAACACUAGCUCCUAAAGAAGCAAAACUCAAACCGUCUGCAUCUAAACGUAGACCAUCUGGCAGACCCAAAAAGCCACGAACUAAACCUGUCUUGGAACCUAUUACACCUAGAAUUGAACCACCAAGGUCAACAAUAGCUCCAAAGGAGGCUCAGCAUAUUCCUUCUAUACCUAAAACUUCACCCAAAACUCAUAUCCCACAAGCUAAAGAUGUUCCAAAAGAAACACAGCAUUUUACCUCCAAACCUAAAACAUCAUCAGGCUCAGAGGUGUCACAGACCAAAGCUGUUCUGGAACCAAUCACAUUUAGAACUGAGAAAACAAAGUCAACAGUAGCUCCUAAUGAUACACAUCAUGGGACUUCUGAACCUAAAACACCACCCAUUCCACAUGUUCCUCCAACUAGAGCAAGUCCAAAAGAAAAUUGGCGAGUCUCUUCCAAACCUAGAGCAUCACCACGUCCAGGCAUAAGAUACACAAAAACUGCUCCUCAAGAACCACAACAUACUCCCUUUAAACCUAAAGCAGAUCCCAUCCCAGGUGCUCCACACAGGAAGCCUGAAAUCAUUCCAGCCUCCCAUGAACCAGAUACUACUAUGAUUCCUCACGUUCCUGACAGAACAAAGGCAACUUUGGCUCCAACUGCAAAACAGUUCAUUCAUACCAAACCAAAAACAUCUGAAAAACCAAGAGUGCCACACACCAAACCUGCAAUACAUCCGACUACUCCACAACCAAUUACAAAAUCUUCUACUACCACCGACCAUUCAAGGGCAACAAUGGCUCCAAAAGAAACACUGCUCAUUCCUUCCAAACCCAGAACAUCUGUUGGGCCAGAAGUACCACAGACUAAACCUGCUCUAAGAGCAACACACCUGGGAUCGAUUAACCUUGUAACAGUUCAUGUUGUUGAUGGGUCCAAAAUGACUUUGGCUCCCAGUGAAAGGUACCAGAUUUCACCCAAGGCCAAAACUGAUUUAGCAACUGAAAUUCCACACUUCAGUACAGCACCCCAUAAAACACGUCUCACUUCUGCCAGACCAAAGCCAUCUGAUAAAUCACAGACCAGACCAGUUCUUAGCAGAACCACACUAGCACCAGCUAGAACAAAAGCACCUGGACUGCCAAAGUGGAUUGUGCCAACAACAGAUGAUGCACAUACACCUGAGGAUAUUGCCAGACAAAUUGGCAUUGAUCUACAAAAACCUUUGGAAUAUAUUGAUACCUGGGAAAAGGCAAUUUCUGUAACCACAUCACCUGGCCCUCAGCAUCCUCCUAUGCCUCCUCCUGUCAAGCCUACACAAAUGCGAAGAAAACCUCUGCCUCUAAACACUGUGACUGGUAAACCAGGGAUGCCAGCUAAACCUGCUGGACCAACAACACCUGUGAGGACAGGAACAUCAUAUAAGACACCAACAGCUUUUGCAACUCCAGACUAUUAUGUUGAUGCAACUGUCUUCAGCUCAAGUCCUACAUCAGAAACAGAUUCGUCAGGCAAACCAAGGUACCAAGCCCCUCAUGUCAAGUACAUGAAGAAAGAUGAUGAUGUGCCUUGCUCAAUCACAAGCUCUCUUGAACAUUUUCCACAAGAGGAAGCUAACAGCAAGGAAGAACCUACUCGUCCUCCACAAAAUCCUCCAACAAACCUCACAGUGGUGACUGUUGAGGGCUGUCCAACUUUUGUCAUAUUGGACUGGGAGAAACCAGACAAUGACACUGUUACCGAGUAUGAGGUUGUGUCAACUGAAAAUGGAGCAACUGAUGGUGAAAAGGAGAAAUCGAUUAUCACUACAAAUCAAACUCAUUCUACUGUGGAAAACCUAAAACCUGACACAAGUUAUGAAUUCCACGUGAAACCUAGAAACCCUCUUGGUGAAGGUCCAAGUAGUAAUGUUGUGGCAUUCAGUACUGAAUCAGCGGACCCAAGAGUGAGCGAGCCAAUUUCAAUGGGAAAGGAUGCUAUCUGGACUGAAAUCCCAUUCAAUUCAGACACCUAUUCGGAAUGCAAAGGGAAACAAUACGUAAAGAGGACUUGGUAUAAGAAGUUUGUAGGUGUGCAGCUAUGUAACUCUUUGAGAUACAAGAUAUACCUCAGUGAUUCACUUACAGGAAAAUUUUAUAACAUAGGAGACCAGCGGGGCCAUGGAGAAGAUCACUGCCAGUUUGUAGACUCAUUCUUAGAUGGAAGAACAGGACAGCAAGAAGACCUGCCAGUCAAAGACGGAUUUUUCAGGGCUGUCCGUCAGGAACCUGUCAAAUUUGGAAAAAUCGGUGGGGAGACCCACAUUAACUACGUUCGCUGGUACGAGUGUGGAACAUCAAUCCCUGGGAAAUGGUAGAUGCAACGUGAACGUGGAAACAAGGCCUAGCACUUCCCACCUGCCUGACUGCCCAGCAUGGGCUCAGAGAUGGCAAUGUUCGCAGUACACCUGGCACUGCAGUGAGUUUGCUGAUGUGCAAGGGUUUAUAUGAGUCUAAUGCCAAUACUACAUUAAUUGUGUAAUAGCGUAGGCUGCUUACUGUAUGUAGUUAUCCAGUUUUACAGACCUGUUUUUAGAUAUAAAAAAUAAAUUCCAGCCAGGCUAGGGCCAUGUUCUAGGGUACUGUGGAGGGAAGCUGGCUCCCUAUUCCUGAGGAAUGGUUUAUAUGGUAUUUUAAAAGAUACGGUGUGUAUAUUAUUUAUCACAAUGUUGCAGUAAAUGUUUAAGGCACAGUUAUGGCAGAGCUGGUGAUGGAAUGCAACGUGCUUUAGUUCUUAAGUAUUCAUUGGUCUUCUACAACACAAGUGCCAUAAGCUCCCUGUUCGGAUGGAUCUGUCAUAGAGAAGACACUACAAUUGUUAGUAUCCUGCAACCAGUAAACUUGAAUCACUGUCUCCUUACCUGUACAAACAGUUUAUACUCCUGCCAGCACACAGAGGGAGACUGCUCUACAUGCAGCUUUGCAUCACCAGGUUAGUGGGUUUUUCAACGGCUCCAGCUCCAGCAGCAGAGCACAUUCAGCCCCUUGCUGCAGAGCUGGACUGCAAUGGGUGGUUGGGCUACCUGAAAGCAGGCAGGUAUCUAUGGACAGAGAGUGACAAACAUGCCCCUCAAGGCUCCAGCUUUUCAUAGGAAUGUAGUUUUUGGAGGCUGAGACUUCCUGGCUCAAAAGCUAAGUGUACAUACAGGGGGCUUGGAAAGAGAGAUGAAAUGGGAAAAUAAUAAGCUACUGUUGUUACAGCAUAAUCGGGUUUAUUUAAAACAAGAAAGUAUUCACUGGGACAAAGGGGAAAUAGUGAUAACUGAACUUUAAAACUGCCUUACAGUUAACUAAAACCUCUCCCGAAGCUAUUUGUACUGCUUGACCAUUUAUGAACUAAAGAGAUAUAGGUUUUUCUAAAGGUGUUAUUCACUACAUUACUAAAGUAUUUGAAAAAUAUGAACAGGAACAGUCAGAUAUAUAUAUAGUAGAAAUAGUCAUUUAUAGAAAAUGCCUUAUAAAGUACAUUGCAGGUACACUGUACUCCUAAUAAAGUAUUUUUUAAUCAA